AAAAACGAAUUUUGCUCUGAUUUGCCAUUUGUUUACUUUUAUGGCACCCGAUUCGAGCCAUCGAGCUGUUGUCAAUGUGGAGCUUUGGGGCUUUGGCAACAUUCAAUUUACGCACAUUUGGUGAUAAGAUAAGCCAAAGGCAACCCACAAAUAAUAUCAACUGGCCAUGGGUCGGAUGGCUCAUUGCGGUGGCUCUAUUCAAGAAAUUCGGUCGAUAGUAGCAGCCCCACCUGUAUCAUUUCGAAUUCCCAUACUGCCAAGUACCCAAGAGAGAUGGCUAAAGUCUGGGCCAUAGUGCUGCUCCUAGGGGCACUGGCCUCCGGCGAAAGUGAGUCAUAGUUUGAUCGCAAUCAAUCAAAAUUACAGGCGAAUAGUGAUACGAAAGUAUUGGUUGUAUUUACCUCAACAGAACGAACUAGUAAACGAAUUAUGGGCGUUCGGUUAAAAGUUAUGUGAAAAUCGAAGCCUAAAACUAUUAAAGUUGGGUAAACCCCAACACUUCACACACAUUUUUUUUUUACUUUUUGUUUUGAUAAAUGGUUGGUAUUACCCAAGAUAAAGAAACAUACCAUACUCCAAUGUGUAUAAAACAAUCAAUAAGUGGCCAAAUUCAACUGCUUUGGAAUUCAAAAAAAUGUAGUUUCAAAGUGUUCAAAACAGCAUUGUAAAUAUGCCGAAUUGGUAUAUGGUUAUGGUAAUUACCUUUUUCGAUUUAAGCACAAAAGUGAAGGAAAUUUUUAUUUUAGAACAAAAGAACAUUUCUUUUCUAUGACACUGACUAAUUUUCGGAAUUAUCCAAUUUUGCAAGGAGUGGCAAUAAUUCACGUUCGAUUAGAUUGUCUUGUUUUUCCAUUCCGCCGAAGCGUUAUGAACCGCUCACCAUAAACUUUUAAAGUACUUUUUUGUUAAGACAACAAUGCCAGCUAUCUCCUUGCCCAAGAUAAACAUAUUUAUGAUAGGUAGUUGACGAGUCUGUAAGGUUAAUCAAUGUCAAUGGAUGUUUAUCAUGGCCAUCAGACCGAUAUUUAAUCGUACAUUAAUUACCUAUUUGGCUAUACCUAUUUCAGGUCUUGCAAGCGAGACGACUGGAAAGAUAGAGCCCAAGAUCGUGGGCGGCUAUGAUACGACCAUAGAACAGGUGUCGUACCAGGUGUCCAUUCGCCUCACCGCCAACGAGAGGAAGAGCUAUGGGUCCGGUCACCUGUGCGGUGGAGUGGUCAUUUCCCAACGUUUGGUGGCCACCGCCGCCCACUGCUGUUACAUCACCGACAAGAAGAAGUACCGAACUGCUGGCGAAUUCGUCCUGGUCAUGGGCAGCACCUACCUGACGAGCUCCACCGACCGCACUUUGAUGUACUACCUGCAGCAGCUGAUCACGCACGAGAAUUAUAGUCCGGAGGCGUUGACCAACGACAUUGCGCUGAUGUUCAUCAAUGGUUACAUACCCUGGAAUUGGCCAACGGUGACGGCCCUGGCGUUGAACAGCCAACUCGUGGCCACAAACACCGACUGCCUGAUCUCCGGAUGGGGUCUGCUCCAGCAGAGCGGAACAUUUAGUAGUAAUACUCUGCAGGCCGCGACGGUGCCCAUAGUGUCGUAUGCAACCUGUCGCAUUUCGUACAAUUCGAUACCGGUUUCCCAGGUGUGCGCCGGCUAUUGGACUGGCGGAGUGGACGCCUGCCAGGGCGACUCCGGCGGACCCAUGAGCUGCAACGGAAUGUUGGCCGGAAUCGUUUCGUACGGCGCUGGAUGCGCAGCACCUGGUUAUCCGGGUGUCUACACCAAUGUGUCGUUCUAUUACGAUUGGAUUGUCCAGAAGAACAACUCCCUCAACUAUACCAUCUAUCAUAAUGGAGGAGUGCGGCAGGGAUCGAAUUGGUCCUACCUGGGCAUUCUUCCACUCAUUGUGGCCUUCCUCUUGGAACUCUGAAUCUAGUCAAUCGCAUAAGUCCGCCAAAUAGUCAAAGACUAUAUUAUAACCUAAUUUAAACAGCAAUUAAUUUAUUAAAUUAAUUUACAAUUUUA